CCCGGGCAGACGUGGUCGUGUGUAAGGCGGUAUUGAUUUAUCGUCAACGCCUCUACUAAACAAAUGUAAUACGCGACACUUAAAAUGUCCUCUUCAAUACAUGAAUAAACAGCGUGCAAAAACAUCUAUCCGGUUACAUAAAUGCUAAGAAAAGUGAUAAAUUUACGUUCAAAAUCCCGGACUACAUCUAGGAUCUGAUUAGAGUGAGAGAGUUGCACGGAAAAAGGAUAGGUUGAACGGCGCCCACUCGAUGUUUUAAUAAAUAGAUAAUUAAAAAAAAUGCGACCGAAUGCUUUUGCCUUUUAAAAUUAAAAAGUUUAAAGAAUGUGACGAAUCAGUGCUUUUUAAUUGUUCUUUGACUGCUUGCCCCUGUUCAUCCAUUCGAAUUCCUGCCUUUUACCUUCCAAGAAACACUAACUCGUAAUUUAAAUGGAGUAAUCUCCCGCCAUCGAUGACCUCGAGCUGUCAAAUUAAAAAGUUAGCGCGCCAAAUAUUAUCAUAGAUUAAAAAUAAAAAAUAAACGCCAGUGUGAUUAAUGGCGGAUUAGAAAUAGUGUUAUAUUAUGUUGUGAUUAUUAGUGUUGUGGUAAAAAUAUUCAGUGACGAUGGCAACUCCACCGGAAUCCCCGGUUGAGGAACACGCUUACGAAUUAGAACCCAGCAGAACCCCGAAACCUAUACCAGUUGCAUUGGAGGAAUUAUGCAGACAGACAAAAUUCUCGAAACAAGAAAUCAGAGUCAUGUAUAGAGGGUUUAAAACGGAGUGUCCAGAGGGCGUGGUUCACGAAGAGUCAUUCAAAGAUAUUUAUGCCAAAUUCUUUCCACAUGGAAAUUCAGCACUAUACGCGCAUUAUGUCUUCAAAGCGUUCGAUGUUAACUGCAGCGGGGCAAUCAGCUUUAGAGAGCUACUGGUCACGCUAUCCACGUUGCUCCGAGGUUCUGUCUACGAGCGACUACGUUGGGCGUUCAGGCUGUACGACGUUGACGGUGAUGGUGCGAUUACAAGACAGGAGCUUGCUGAAGUCGUGGUGGCUGUCCAUGAGCUGUUGGGCAGACGUGCGCCACCUGGCUCGCCUGCUGCCAGACUGGAUGAUGCUAAGGCAAACGAACAGGUGGAUAGGGUGUUCAGGAAGCUGGACUUGAACCAGGACGGGGUGAUCACCAUCGAGGAGUUCCUGGAGUCGUGCCUCAAGGAUGACGUCAUCACGCGAUCGCUGCAGAUGUUCGACACGGCGCUAUGACGCCAGACUGACCCAGCGCACACGCGCGUCGCUGCCAGGAGUGUGGUGAAGCGCGCGGCGUACUGCCGCUGCCGCCGUGCUGGCGGAGAGCGCGGGGGCGCGGCGUGGCGCGCGGCCGCCGCAUUGGCUGAAUGCGCGCGUUGCCUCGCCGCCUUCGAUCACUUCUACCGACGCGUGCUCAUGCCCAAGAUCAAAAGCGUCAUGUUUUUCCAUUUCUAGGUUAGGUUUACGUCAAAAAGCGCGGGAAAUCUACAUGCUGUCAACUGAUUUUUAUUGUAUUUUUUUAAUAAGUUUAACGUUUUGAGCCAGUAUUGAACAAUGAAAAGGUUGUUUUGUUUUUAUUAUCGUUUUAAAAUUUUAAGUUAGCAAUUCAUUACACUAAAAGAAACUACACAAUUGAACUAAUUUUGUUGUUUUUUUCUGUAAACAAAAGAAAGGUUUACAAUACAUUAUCCUUGGAUAUUAAAAAUAUAGAAGGUUAACAACUAGUUGAUGUUUAACGCUGUUUUAGGUUAGAAACUUUUGAUUUCAACCAUAUUCCUACAUUUUAAUAUUCUAGUGUAACUUAAUAUCUAUGGUAUAUUUUUAAUCUAUGGUCGUAAUGAGUGUUGGUAGGAAUACGGGAAAGGUUUAGUGUAGAAAGGAUUUGAAAGGGAAUUGAAAAGCAGCGACUGCUGUAAUAUUAUUGCAUUUUAACACGUGAUAAUUAUUUAUUCUAAAAUGAGGCAAGUAUCAAGUUUGAUCGGUCGCUCUGGUCUUUUGCGUUCCGAUUCACGAAUGAGAUGACACGAAUUCUAAAAAUACUUCAUAAAAACUUCACUUCAUUUUUCUUUUCUAAAAUCAAAACAGGGUAUUUGCCGCUUUAUUCAAAGCGAGUACUUUAUAAAUUAUUUGAACAGACACCAAUCAACGAUAUUCAAAUUUUGGAUGCGCUUAAGAAGUAUUUUUGAGAAUAAUAUUAUUUUUACGUAAUUUUGUGCACCGAAUUCUGAAAUGGCAACAUUUGGUAAUGUCAUAUUCGAAUAAUCCGCACAAUUUUUCAUUUCUCCACGUUUUAAGAUAUUUUGAGGUUAUAAAAUUACAGAAAAUGAUGAACACAAAAGAGACGAAAUAACUAGACUUUUUAGCCGUUAUUGACUUAUUAAACAUGUGAACCGAAAUUCAUAUUUAAUUCAAAUUAUCUAGAUAAUUGUAAUU